AUGGUCAGAAAAUCCAAUGAAGAAAAAGACAUUCUUCACAGUGGAGCAAAAAGAAAAGUUGAAGCAAGCUUUCGCCGUCAACCGCAAUCCAGAAGAAGCUAUUAUUGCUUCUUUAGUCUCCGAUCUUCAAUUAAGCAGAACUCAGGUCAAACAAUACUUCCAGUUGCACAGAUAAAAGAGUUCUUUGAAAAAUACAGACAGGAAAAUGAAGCUGCUUCUCCACUACGUACUAAAAAUACUACUAAAGACUUUCCACUACCGGAAGAAGAAGCUCAACCAAUACUUCUGGACAUCUUCGCAAAGGAUCCAGCAUUUACGGAUUACAAAAACACUGAGUUGACACAAAAGAUUCAGUGGUCGUACCGAAGAAUCAAUCAUUGGUUCACUCGACAACGCAAGUUGAAGCAGCAGCAGGAACUUGCUGGCUUCGUUGGCAUCAUGGAGACAAUUUUCCAAAAAAAGCAAUUUUUUAGAUUUCGGGUCAAAGCGUUGGAAGAGAAAACGGGACACCCCUGGAAAAAGAUACGGAACUGGCUGAGAAUGAAGAGGAAAGUGACUCUAAAAUCAUUUUUCAAAAAAGAAAUUUCGGUGUUGCCAGAGGAAAUGGCCAAUUUCGAAAGACUUUUCAAGAAGUAUGAAGCAUACACGGACGCCGAUAAAAUUUAUGAGAUUGGAAUGAGAGAAGAUGUAUGCAGCAAUGACGUAGCGGACUACUUUAUAGAACGCUUUAGAGUGUUAAAGGAGCUUCAGGGAGAGACCAAAGAUGGCAAUGUGGAACAGGAAGAGGAAGACGAAUUGCUUGAUGCACAGAACGCUAAUGAAGGGGAUCAAAAUGAGCCAGAAUCGGACGACGAGAUGGAUGAAGCGGUUGAGAGCACUGAUGAACCGGAGGAAGAGAUGGAAGAUCGGUCGGAAGACAGAGAGGAAGAAGAAGAUAAUGAUGCAGAGCGAGAAUUGGUAGAUCAGCAAGUGACGAUUAGAGAAGAACUCUUAUUUGAAUCAAACCGUCGAAUACGUGAGGAAGAACAAGGAGUUCAAGCAGUUCUCAAUCCAAGAGAGACUCCGAUCGAUGAAGAUCUUCAUGGGCAAAUGGAGGGACCCGUAGAACAAAUGGAAAAAUCAACGGAUCGCUGCAGAAUCGCACGGCAGCCUUAUCGUCUACGAAAUCCUGAUAAAGAAGACCAAUUAUCAAUUUACCAGUCUACGGAUGCGCCUAAUCAGGGUGGCUCAAAAAUCAUUCUAUGGAGCGUUAAUAUAGAUCGACCCGGCUCGUCAAAUCAAUCCAGCAUGAACAGCAAGCCCAGACAGAUGAAUGAUAGAAGCCCAAGAGAUGAUCACCGAGUCGAGCAGGUUUUAGGAAAGAUUUUUGAGGAGCAGCAGUUUCUGGGAAGAGAGAAAAAAGAGCUGAGAAGGAAAACUGGUUGCCAAGCAAAAUUUAUGUCCGAAUGGUUCAGAAAAAAGAGAAUGGCCGUUUUACGAUCGUUUUUCAAUAAGGAAAUCCCAGCUUUGCCGGAGGAAAUGGCGAAUUUCGAAAGGAUUUUCAAUUCGUAUGAAUUCGAAAAUGCAAUUCUUGCAGAUGUCAUUUUUCGAAUUGAAACAACGGAGAAUAUUUACGGAGAUGAUUUUGCUUCGUAUCUGUGCGAGCGUAAAAUGAUCACUGAGGAACUUCAGCAGAGGGUUAGAGAUAAAUUGGAAGGAGAGGAGGGGGACCGAAUGGAAGAAGGGUCGGUAGAUCAAAGUGAACCAAGCAGUCAAAUCGGUGAAGAUGAACAAGGAGUCCAAACUGGUGUUCCUCAAGAAGCGGUUCAGAUGGAAUUCCAACAUGAUCAAAUGGAAUUUGACAACCCACAGGAGGCUCCAAUAGAUAAAGAACUUCAUACUCAAGAAGAAGAACCAGUAGCUGUUGAGCCAGAAAUCGAAAAUGAUGACAUCGGAUUCGCAAAUCUACAGGAUGCUUCACACAACGAACAACUUCAUGACCAGCAAGUGGAGGGACCAGUGGCCAAUCAACAAUUUCCCGUAAACAUUAAGCUAGAAAUUCCCGACGUUGACGUCAAAUACGUUGAACACCUGAAAGUUCCAGUAAAGCAAGAGACGCAGGAGCCGAUUGAGAAUGUAGAAGAAGAAGAGGAAGAGGAUGUUGAGCAACUUAUAGUCUUCGAUGUUAUUGAUUUGAAUACGCCUCAGGAUAUAGGAUCAGUCGGGCCUGUGUCCAUUCUCCGAGUGCAGACCAGUUUCGAGGAUCUCCAACCUUUUCUUGGAAAUCUUGUGGGAUUCGCAGAGAUUGGAUAUGCGAGGGAACCCGAUAUGGUGGAGAAUAAAAGAAGUUUGAACUACUUGGAAUCCCUGACACUUCCAUUCAACUGUUCCCUGGAUUAUCUACAGUGGUCGAAGGCCCAGGUAAUGGAGUUCUUCUGCCAGAUCGUCCCACCAGCAACUAUCAGGAAGCUUGUGGAGAAGGUGCCAGCUGGAUACCGCUUAUCCAUGUUUCAAGAAACAAAGAAAAAAUAUUUUGAGAAGUUGAACAGAGACAACAUUCAAACACGAAAACAUGAGUUACCGUAG